AUCUACACCUUCCCGGGCCGCGGUAGCAACUGCAGAACUACAGGAGACAAAUCUUUCUAGACAACGCGGUGGAGGAGACGGAGGAGGGAGUGCCCGGAGAGGGGCUGGCCUGCGUGCACCGCGCACCUCGGGAGCCUGAACGCGCGUGGAGAGGCUUGCCUUGCGGAGGACCUUGACCGCCAAAAGAAGGAAAGAUGUUUGGUUUCCACAAGCCAAAGAUGUACCGGAGUAUAGAGGGCUGCUGUAUCUGCAGAGCCAAGUCCUCCAGUUCUCGCUUCACCGACAGUAAACGCUACGAGAAGGACUUCCAGAGCUGUUUUGGGUUGCACGAGACGCGUUCCGGCGACAUCUGUAACGCCUGUGUCCUGCUUGUGAAGAGGUGGAAGAAGCUGCCGGCGGGAUCCAAAAAGAACUGGAACCACGUGGUGGAUGCCAGGGCCGGACCCAGUCUGAAGACGACCUUGAAGCCAAAGAAAGUGAAGGCGCUGUCUGGAAACAGGAUCAAGAGCAACCAGAUCAGCAAGCUGCAGAAGGAGUUUAAGCGUCACAAUUCUGACGCCCACAGUACCACCUCGAGUGCCUCCCCGGCUCAGUCUCCGUGUUACAGCAACCAGUCGGACGACGGCUCGGACACGGAGAUGGCUUCGGGCUCCAACAGAACACCGGUGUUUUCCUUUCUGGAUCUCACCUACUGGAAAAGACAGAAGAUCUGCUGCGGGAUCAUCUACAAAGGGCGCUUCGGGGAGGUGCUCAUUGACACGCACCUCUUCAAGCCCUGCUGCAACAGCAAGAAGGCGGCGGCCGAGCCGCCCACACCCCAGGCCCCCGAGCCGCUGCCCAUGGCCACCCAGGAGUGGUGACCGCCGCCCUCGACCAGCCAGUGACAAACUGACCCCCCCUCCCUUUCUACUCGGACACCUGCUAUUCUGCCAAAAGACGUUCUCUAGGCUAG